AUGACAGCCACGACGGAGGUCGACGCGCGCCCGACGGACGCGGUCGAGUCGACGGCGACGGAGGGCGCGCGGCCGCUGCGCAAGUUCAAGCUGCGCGAGGUGCGCGACAUGUGCGACGGCUUCUCGUCCAAGUGCCCCGUGCUGGGCGAGGGCUCCUUCGGCAUGGUGUAUCGCGGCAGCGCGGAGCUCGACGGGCGCGCGGUCGACGUGGCGGUGAAGCGGCUCAGCGCGGAGAGCCAGCAGGGCGUCGACGAGUGGCUGGUGCGUGCCGUGCGGGGGUGUCUGCAGUGGGUGGGGGUGCUUGCUGCUGCCUGCGGCCGUGCCUUUGCGUUGCCAGCGGGGUGCACCCCGCAUCCAUCCAUAUCCUCUCCUCGCACCUCUGGCUCACUCCCUCCCACCCCCUCCCACCCCCUCGCACCCCCUUCCCCUCACCUCCCUUCCCCUCCCCAUUUUCACCCCCCUCUCUCUUCCCUUCCCCACCUCGUGCACCGCUGGGUGCCCGGCGCUGAGCAGGCGGAGGCGGAGGUGCUGAUUUUGGAUCGGCUGCAGCAUGCGAAUCUGGUGGAGCUGGUGGGGUAUUGCAAGGAGAAGGGCGAGUGCCUGCUCGUCUACCACUACUACGCCAACGACAGCGUUGAAUCCGCCCUCUUCAACCGCAAGCGCGCGGGGCAGGAGCCAUUCUCGUGGGAGCGGCGGGUGAGCGUGGCGUGGCAGGCGGCGGAGGCGCUGGCGUAUCUGCACGCCAAUGAUGUCAUCCACCGCGACUUCAAGCCUUCGAAUGUUCUGCUUGAUGCGGACUGGACGGCGAAGCUGAGCGACUUUGGGAUGUGCAAGGAGCAGGAGGCGGGCAAGUCGCACGUGUCCACGCGGGUCAUGGGAACUCUGGGGUACCUCGACCCUGACUACAUGGAAACAGGGCUGCUGCGCCAGAGUUCAGACGUGUACGCCUUUGGGGUGUUUCUGCUGGAGCUGAUCACGGGCAAGCGCGCGGUCUCAGACACGGGGCAGCCGCUCACCAGCUGGGUGUUCCCGCUGCUGGACCAGAAGAAGCCCGAGAUCGACCUGCUGAUUGACUCGGCGCUGGAGAGCAGCUUUGACCGCGACAGCGCGCUCAAGAUCGCCGUGAUUGCCAAGUUCUGCAUCGGGGAGGAGGAGCUGCGCCCCGAGAUGACCGCCGUCGCUGAGAGGCUCAAGAAGCUCGUCGCCUCGCUUCCAUCUAUUCGCUCACGCUCGCUCGACGAAUUCCAGGCGACGUUCGCAGGCCCGUCGCACGCCGUCGCAUCCAUGGCCAUGGACGACUUCCUGCGAUCCGUCUGGCUCGCCGAGGAGUCGCAAAUGCUCGCCGCCGCGCACGCCGCCGGUGGCGCGGAUCCGCGCGCGCGAGACAAGGCAGCGGGGCUGCUGCGCGCGCGCUCGCUGCGGCGGCAGAAGUCAGCCGCGGCGCUUCCGCGCGCGCUGACUGCGCGGACCGUGGAGGACGUGUGGAAGGAUAUUCAGGCGGAACUAGCGGGGGAGGGGGAAGCUGCGGAGGGGGGCGGAGCGUCGGCAGAAGGAGCGCGCGGAGGGGGGGAGGCGCAGCAGCAGCAAGCGCAGGGGCAGGGGCAGCAGCAGUAA